ACUCCAGCCUCAGAAAUGUCCUCACGGAGCCCCCAGCCCUCUCCCAAAGUAUCGAGCAAGGACGCGUGCCAAACCUCGACAAAAUACAAAGGUCUCUUCAGCUCCCAGAACGCCCCGACCUCCAGAGCCUACUGCGUCCUGUUCAGCUUCUUCGUGGGCGUUCUCUUGGUCACCAUGGGCUCCGUGUUCUACCACGUCAUCCUCAACCGGCCCAUGAGUGGCAUGCGUCCCAUUCAUACCCCGCCGAUGCCACUGGCGUGCAUCUUGGUAGCUACGGGGAUUUUUAUGGUCCUCUUGAGCAUCGGCAUUGUUUGGAGAUAUGGUUUGGACGAUGGGGACGACUCACUGGAGGACGACAUGUAUAUCAUCGCCAAGGACGACGUCCUGGAGGAUCAGCAUCACUUCAGCCAAAAGAUACCGCCCGUCUGAAUAGGAAUCUUAGAGUCAGGCGUAGAAACACUGAUGCUUCGUAAGGCACAUGAAUUCUAUGAAGAGGUUUUGCUGAAAAAGAAGAAUUGGAGUUUGAUCUUGUUACUAUUAUCAUUAUCAUUCAGAAAAUGAACCCUAUUCAUGUGGAACAAGCCUACAAGGGCCACUGGCUCGAAAUUCAACUAUCCAAAGAAUACGGUCUUCAUUAGAAGGCCGUGACAGGAGUCAGAGGGAAAUGCAGAAAGACGCUCUUGAUUCAUACUGGAUAAGACUCUAUCAAAAGGAGAGGUGGAAAACGUAGCUUUGAGCUUUACUAAUAUUUACUUACGGUCAGUCUCACGGUUUAGAAAAAAAUAAAAUAAAAUCGCUAUCAAUUGUCCGUCCUGGACAAGUUUCGAAUGAAAACAAAUAGCCACGUUAUACAACGGGAGAAGCAAAAACAAGUCUGUGAUACGACGUUUCGUAUAAGGGUGUUAUAAGGGUGACUCAACAUAAACAAUCAAAAGGUUUAGCUGAUGUCGUUCACUGCCAGUACAUUUUUCAGUACAUUUUUCGUCAAAGUAAUAACUCAUGAUGGAAACAUCACUCCUCGGGUCUUUGAAAUAUUAACCAGAUGAAUCAUACUUAUAUUCACUGACAAAUCAGCUGUAUAAUUCCAAAUGAAAAUGCAGUAUCAUGGUAUUAAGUAUUUUAAGGUAUUCCCUCCCCGGAGGCACCCCGGAAAGCGGAAAUGUUUUUUAUGUCACUGAUUCGCCAGACUGUAUUUGAACAAUUUUAGCCAAAACUAAUGACCUAAUAUUCAGUUCAUCUCAAACUCCCUAGACUAGAUCUCAUUAAGUAUGAUAAUGCUAAUGAUAUGUAUCUAAAAUUCAAUUAUGUUCAUGGCGACUAUUUUCGAUAUGACGCGUGAGAGUUUACAAAGCGGUUAAUACAUUUAUCAUUAAACUGGGAUGGCAUUAAAUCUUCUCUAUGAUUGAGUUAACUGAUAUUGAUAUUCACGCUUCGCGUUUCGCUUUCAGGUGUCAUUUAUUGUGUAUGCUUCAUUCCAGUGACAACUCCCUUAACGGGGUACGGUAUUCCUACAGGGUAUUACCUCCAGUGCAACUGAAGGUUCUUCGCAGCAUUCCUUCGACCCCUAACUGCAACCCCUUUCAUUCAUUUUACUGUACCUCCAUUCAUAUUCUCUUUCUUCUAUCUCAUGUUCCACCGUCUCCUGACAAUUGCUUCAUGGUGCAACCGCGUACUCUAAAAUUCCGUUUCAGCGCUAAAUUCCCUCUAAGGUCGCAGCACUUGGUCUAAAUUUCAUAUUCCAUUCCAUCUCAUUUCAGUGUUAACCAUGAAUAACCAUAAUGUAAAAAUAAUAGAAUAUUGACUUAAAUUAGCCAUUGAAAUGAAGCUAUCUUUUUGUGUUGCAAAUACUGAUAACAAUCUCCAUUACUGAUAAAACAUUAUAUUUUCACUGUCGUAAAAACUAGCACGCGAUUGUAUAAAGGACUUUCGAUAUUUUUCCACUAAAUGCAGAUCUCAUGAGAUACUGAUAAAGAUUUUCAAAUCAAAAUGGGUCUCGGAGUAAUGGCAUAGUGACAGUGAU